AUGGACGACUACGAUACCAAUGUCGAGAUGACCCUCAGGCAGAACCUGCGGCCGCUGUCCCGCAGGGAGUCCGACGCCGAGGCCGCUCGGCCGGCCGUGCGCUCCAGCCUGCAGAACGUCCUCGAGGUCGGGUUCGAGCGCUUUGGCCGAUGGUGGCUAUGCGUGGUGAUCAUCCUUUUCUUGGGCAUGCUUUGCGUGGUCAUCUGGUCGCAGUGGGUGUACGACUCUUGCCGCAACGACCGGUGUAAUCAGCCGCUCAAGCUCAUGCUUCGCCUGCUGUACUUGAUCAUAGCUGUUCAUGCGUUUCAGCGGGAGAUCGUCCGGCACAUCUUGUGUUAUAGUAUGAUGCGCGAUGGCCCCGAGGAGCCCUGCCGCGUGGUGCUGUUCCGGCGGACGGCGCUGCUGGCGAUAGGACUGUGGCCGGUCGUCGGCACCUGGAUGCUAUUCCAUUUGAACUCGCAGUGCAGUAAUGACCUGAAGCUCGCCGUGCAGGUGAUCGUGAUCUACUACGCCGCCAUGGUCUUCGUCGCCAUCGUCGCGCCCGGUUGCGCCGUCGUCGCCACCUUCUGCCUGAUAAGCCACGGGUUCCUGCCGCCACUGCGCAGCGUCAACGCAGCGCCCGACAAUUUGAUCGACAGCCUUCCGUUAGUCGAGUACGAUCCUCACCUGUUCGACGACAGCGGCAACCGAGGCACGUACCCUGCCUCGUGCGCGAUCUGCCUCGACACGUUCGCCGAGAGCGAGGGCAUCACGAGGGGCGUGAUGGAGCCCCCGACGGACCUCGCCUCAGACGAGGUGUACACCGGAGUCAUCAAGUCGUAUAAUGACCGGCGGGGCUUCGGCUUCAUCGCUUGCCAAGAGACGGCGAUUAGAUUUGGCCGCGACGUGUACGUGUCGAAGACGGAGGCGCAGCUGGCAGCAGCCGAGGCCGCCGGGGACAGCGCGGCGAUCGCCCAGAUCCUCGCGGCCGCACAGGAGAAGGCCGAGAAGAAGGAGGAGGCUUCCGCCGGCACAGCCGGAGAGGCAGGGGGCGGCAGUGCGCCCCCUGCCGAGAAGCCACCGCCACUGCCCCGACUGUCUGAAGAAGACCUCGUCCAUUUCCAGGUGCGGCUCAGUCUCGAGGGCUUCCCGCAGGCCACCGCAGUGCAGAAGCUGAGGAAGUUCGAGGGUGCAGUGAGGGCGCCGCCUGCAGUCGAGGGCGGCUGCGCAGGCCGCAUCGCCAGCCCAGGCCUGGCGGCGCUCACCGGCGAGGAGGAGCUCGACGUGUUUCAGGAGGGCUGUGGGCAGGUGCGCCUGGAAGCCGGCGACAGGGUCUCCUUUUGCGUCAAGGGUUUGCUGGAAGGCAGACCGGCUGAAGCCGGGGACAGGACCGCCGCAAUCGUGUCUCUCAUUGCGACGGAGCGGCCCGCCAACUCCGUCCUGGGGUGUUUCGGGCUGCUGCUGCCGCGACCGCCGGUCGUGGAGGGGCAGCCGUCGACGGACGACCUGAGGCUGUUCUGCCACGCGUUCGGCGACAAGAUCAUCCUCGCCGGGCUGCCACCCGACACCCAGGAGUCGGAGCUCUCGAGGUUCUUUGCCAAGCAGGGCGCGUCCAGCAUCAUCGUCGCGCACGCCAAGGGCUGCAGCUUCGCGUCCGUGUCCUUCCCAAGCGUCUUCGAGGUGGCGCGCUUGCUGGGUCGCAUGGCGCACGCGUUCGCAGACGACAAGGAUACCCGCAUCGCGACGCUGCUGUCCCAGGCCGAGGCCGAAACAAUGGAGGCGUCGACGUCGGGGCGGCUUCCUGCGUUGCCAGCGCCCCUGCUGGGCAACGGAGAGGAGCCUGGCUCGUUGGUGGUCGUGUGGUCUCCGCUGGUUUUGGCUGUUGGCUACACGGUGGAGCUGCGGCCCACGGGAGGCGGCCAUCCUUGGGCCGCAGUGGACGUGGCGGCAGGCGUCAUCGGCUCGGGUACGAGCCGCUUCGACCCCGAAUGCUCUUCGUGCAAGGUGACGGGCCUCAUCGAGGGCACCAUGUACGAGGCCCGCGUGAUGUACUUCGCCUCCUCCGGCUGCCGCGCCGAGGCGUCCGACCCCUCCGCGCCGCGCGCGCCGCUGGCCGAGGGGGCGGCCCCGCCGGCGGAGGCGCCAGCGGCGCCAGCCGCGUCGGGCGAGAUGGACCCCGACGCGCCGCCCUUCGGCCCCGCGCAGCUGGACGGAGCGCCGUACUGGCUGCCGCCCUGCAGCGGCGGCUCCAUGUGGGCCGGCUGGGCGACGGACGCGGCCGCCGCGGACUUCCAGGCGGCGAUGGCCGGGGCGAUGGCGCCCCCGCCCAUGAUGCCGUCCCUGCAGGCGCUCCCAGGUGGUGCCGCGCUUGGCUGGCGGUGCAUCCACGGCGCUGUCAUCCCCCCGCCGUCGGCGCCGGACGUGCGGUCUGACGAGCAUGGGUUCGCGCUCACGGUGCAGUGGCCCUCCGUGGCCCAGGCAGUCUCCUACGUGGUGGAGCUGCAGGAGACCGGGUCCGCCUCGGUGGAGAGGUUCUUUCAGCCCGCGAAGUUGGCGGCCCCUGGCUCGCUGGUGGAGCUCCGCAUAGGCCAGGGAGGAAACAUCAGCCUCAAGCUGGGUGCGCUCCCUAACCCCACCUGA